AUGCAAAAGAAACCAAGUCUGCAUAGUUAUUGGCCAGUAGAUGCUCGAGCAGCAGAACGUUACACAGCAGAAAUGUUUGCGUAUUUCCAAAUCGAAUAUAAGGAAACUUUGGAUCUCAUUCUGGAAAAUGUUUAUCAAGAUGGACCAUUAUGUACAUACAUGGUAACAUCAUUUAAAUUUUCAUAUUGCACACCAACCAAGUGUAUGAUCUCCCAUCCCAAUACCUGUUUAGUCGUUGGAGAUGCGAAAAAUGGUGUUGGUAUUGAAGAGCCUGGGAUGACAGUUCAAGGUAAUAGUGGGUUUUCUAGCCUCAGGUACAGUGACUUGACACAUACGGCUCUAUCUUUAUCCAUGAAAGGUACAAGCACUGAAACUUCUACUGCAUUCACAAGGAAGUUACUGACUGGAAUUCUAGGAGAGUUGGAUGAUUUUUUAAAAUCCAGUCAAGAUGGUCAAACAAAAAAGAUUAACGACGUUACAAGUGUGCGCAAUGAAAAUGACCUUGGGGAACAAAGAAUCCAACUUCCGGGACAAAUUGCGGCGGAAGGUGAAAGAACUAACAAUAUUUUCGAAAAUGUCCAGUCUGAUCAGCUCGUACCAAUUCAUCUUCUAUCUUCUUUCUCAUCUAACAAUUCUCAAUUGAUAUUCUCAAACGUCAAAAUCUCAUUUACAACUUCUUCUAAAACCCUAAGGGUUCAAUGCUUAAAAAGGUCUGUAAGGACAGGAAAACAAAGAUAUCCAUCAGAGAAGAAGAAACUCCGAAGAAUAAAGAGAGAAAACCCAAUUUCUGAAAUUGAAAAUAAAGAUGAAGGUUUUUGGAGGUUAUCUAAACUUGGAGUUGUUGUUCAUAAGGAUCCUGGUAAAGAUUAUCUUGGUAUAUGUGAUGGUCUUCUUGAAGCCAUUGCUAAAGUCCUGGAAUUCCCGGUUUCUACCAUGUUGCCGGCAGAACCAUUUACUGUUGUGCGGAAGUCUUUUGACGCCAGAAAGUUGUUGAAGGAGCCCAAAUUCGUAUAUACUAUGGACAUGGAGGUUAAAAAGCUCUUGGAUUUGGAACCUCGUACAUGGGACUUCAUCUCUCAGCUAGAACCGAAAGUGGGGCUCAUAGAGCAUCUGCUUCAAGAAAGAGAUUCUGGUGAUUUGAUAAGUGUAAUAAACAAUGCUAAGAAGAACCAUAACCUUCAAACCAAGACAAAGCCAAAAAUUGCUGUGGUGGGAAGUGGGCCAGCAGGUCUGUUUGCUUCGCUUGUGCUCGCAGAACUUGGUGCAGAUGUUACCUUAAUAGAAAGGGGUCAAGCAGUUGAAAGAAGAGGGCGUGAUAUUGGUGCCUUGGUGGUUCGUCGGAUUCUUCAGACGGAAAGCAAUUUUUGCUUUGGGGAGGGUGGUGCAGGUACCUGGAGUGAUGGAAAAUUGGUCACUAAAAUAGGAAGGAACAGUGACAGUGUGAUGGCAGUUAUGAAAACUCUUGUUCACUUUGGAGCUCCAGAAAAUAUCUUAGUCGAUGGGAAACCUCACUUGGGAACGGAUAGGUUGAUUCCACUUUUACGCAAUUUCCGGCAACACCUACAAGAUCUAGGCGUUACUAUCAAGUUUGGCACAAGAGUUGAUGAUCUGCUUGUAGAAAACGAACAGGUUGUCGGAGUCAGAGUUUCUGAUGCAACAAAUGAAUUGCAUGCUGAUAGCCAAAAUUUGAGAUAUGAUGCAGUUGUUCUAGCCGUAGGGCAUUCUGCUCGUGAUGUUUAUGAAAUGCUUGUUCCUUAUAAUGUGCGCAUGGUUCCCAAAGAUUUUGCAGUUGGGUUGCGGGUUGAGCAUCCUCGAGAAUUAAUAAACAAGAUCCAGUACUCUGCAUUGGCUACUGAAGUUCGCAAAGGACGUGGAAAAGUACCAGUUGCAGACUAUAAAGUUGUCAAGUAUGUUGAUAACGUAAACAACGGGGAAACCACUAAAUCAAGGGAAACAAGUCGUAGUUGUUAUUCCUUCUGCAUGUGCCCAGGAGGACAGGUUGUUCUCACCAGUACAAAUCCAUCAGAACUCUGUAUCAAUGGUAUGUCAUUUUCUCGCCGCUCGUCCAAAUGGGCAAAUGCAGCACUUGUUGUCACUGUCACAUCAAAGGACUUUGAUGCUUUGAAUCUCCAUGGGCCUCUUGCUGGAGUUGAGUUUCAGAGGGAAUUCGAGAGAAGAGCAGCCGCAAUGGGAGGGGGAAGUUUUGUUGUGCCUGGGCAGACAGUCGAAGAUUUUCUUAAUAACAAACUAUCAGAAACCUCUUUGCCAUCAUCAAGUUAUCGGCUGGGAGUGAAAGCAGCGAAACUCCAUGAAUUGUUCCCCACUCAUGUCACAGAGGCUUUACAGCAUGCAAUCUCAAUGUUUGAAAGAGAGUUACCGGGCUUUAUUUCAAGAGACGGGCUUCUUCAUGGAGUCGAGACGAGGACAAGCUCUCCUAUUCAGAUUUCUCGUGAUGGAAAUACCUAUGAGAGUGCAUCAUUGAAAGGAUUAUAUCCUAUUGGAGAAGGUGCUGGUUAUGCUGGUGGGAUUGUAAGUGCUGCUGUUGAUGGCUUAUAUGCUGGCUUUGCUGUGGCCCAAAACUUAGGUCUUUAUGAGGGCGGAAUAGAGUCAGUUUUGGGGAAGGCUCAGAAGAGCACUGGAAUUGUCAAGUACUGAUGUGGUUUCGGGAAUUCACACUACUAAAGUUAGUAUCAACAGUUUCUGGUUGUUUUUUCUGACGAAUAUCACUAAUUUUGCUUCAAAGGGAGGUUUUGUAAAUGGGGGAUGCCUCAUGGGCGUCCGAGGUAGUUGUCAGAAACUGAUCAAACCUUAUGAAUAAUAAUGUGUUUCUUGCAAAAUAGAAACAUAUUAAGCUUUAAAAAACCAGGGUGAUACUCUUCGAGUUACACAAACACCAUCCAUAU